AUGAGUGAAGAAGGAGUGAAUAAUUUGUUAGGCGAUAGCGUUAGAGAAUUGAGGAAGUUGAAUCUAAAUAAAUUAGAACACGAGUUAGGCUGUAAUACUACAGAGUUAACACCACUGCGGUCUCAUUACUUGAAGAAACACCUGAUCAGUCAAGAAAUAGACAAUGAACUAGAUGUACUAAGUCAUCCAGACGCUCUAUCUCUAUUUGGUCCACCGUUCAAGCAAUCAACUAGAGUCCCUGAUAUUGAUAUCCCAUUCUUGAAGUUGAUAUUCAGAGAAUUCGUCAUCACUUUUCCAUUCCUGAAAUCAGCACCAGAUAAUUUUUGGUCUGAUAAAGUGCAAGUAUUCGUAAAGGAGUUUUUGGAGAGAAAUCUAGCCUCCACAGGAGAUGAAGAGGAGUUGACAAAGAGACGCGCACUUAAAAUGAAAAUACAGAAGCACCUAGCCGUUCUUCUAAGUUCUGGCUGCAAAAUUGAAGGCGGUGAAGCUGUCGUCAAAGUAGAUGGUAGUGAUAUUGUCGCAAACAAAGCCCGUCCAUCAUGCGCUAACAGCUAUAAAAUGCAAGUAAAUGUCGUUACUCUUAGAGUACCACAAAAGCGCGGCAUCAUGCACAAUAGAGCACAUGAGGAGUUUAUCAUCCAUUCAAAACUGGUUGGAAAUGAUGGAAAUGUACAAGAAGUAUACGUAGGUAGAAGAUACCAAGACUUUAAAUUGUUGGCCCAAAAUCUACGUAAUGAGUUCCCAGAUGAAGUGAUACCUUCACCACCCCAGAAAGACAAAUCGUCAUCGUUAGCUGCACAAGAUGCGGCAUCUUCAUCGAGUUCACAAAUUGAUGACGAUGUGUCCACUCCAACAAGCUUAUUUAGAGAAAAAAAUAGACUGACUUUACGCGCAUACCUGAGAGAUUUAUUGAAUAUAUCCCGCUCAGUUGCAAAUUCAUCAACUUUACAGACCUUCCUUUUGUCAAAUCCAACAGCACUCACUGAGGAAGAAUUACAGGAUGCCGAACGACGGUUGUUUAAUGACAGCGUGAAGAACUCCGGUAAAGACAGAUUCAAAAAGGAGAUGGAUGCACGUGCAGAUGAGGUUAUGGAUAGUGUUAAAAUGUUCAAAUCUGACAUAUCGUCGAAAGAUGGCUUCAAAAAGAUGUUCAGCAUAAUAAAAGAUAACGAAACUAUAGAUAGUCUACCAGAGAGAUAUAUGAAAGUAUUCGAAUGGGCGAGAAUAUCAUUUGCUUCAACAAUAUACCAAACUUUCGUUGGCUCUGAUACUUCUUCUGAAACUUUCAGUGGCUUAAAAAGGAUUCACGCUUUGAUGCCAUACUUCGUGCUUCGUAGUAUUCUGCGUGUCAGUAAUCCAAUAGCAAUGGUUAGAGGUGUAAUUGAUUUAUUUUUGGCGCAACCUUUUGGACAGCGUAGCAUUCUUCAGAGGAUGUUCUCUGCUUCUAUUUACGAAGACAUCAAACAACUCGAGAGUGAUAUUGAAUUGACAAGAGCGAAAGUUUCUAACGAUGUAUUAUCGGAUAGAAUCAAACAAUUUGUCGACGCACCAAGGGAGAUACAAGAGUUAUAUCGUAAUGAUGCAGCAGAAGAGAAUACGCAUAUUAUCAAUAUCAUUUUCAGGUCUGGUGAUAUGCCGACCCUAUCACCAAGCGAUCUCCAGAAGAUGGCGCGUGGUUGGGAGACUUAUGCAAGAUAUGAAGAAGAACGAGCACGCAAUGGAGUGAUGUACACCGACGAUGGACCAGAUAGUGAAGAAGGAUGGUUGUUCAUGGAUCUCAGCUACCUGCUUAAGCUUUAUACCAAGUUGCGGGAUAAGGAACAACUAAUUGAAAUGAUAUUUGAGGGAGUUACGGCUGAAUUGCUCAAAGAUAUGGUUACCAUCUUUUAUACUCCAUUAGCACAGGUGUAUAAGGCUGCCAAUAUUGUGGAUUCGUUGUAUGAUCUGCAGAUGUUCAUAGGUGACCUCAUAAGGACAGUUGAGCAAGUGGAGGAGCGCUCACAAGCUGACCCAGCUGGUACCGUCCACAUUUUUGUUGAUCUCGUUAAGCGACACGAAGGGCAAUUUUACUCGUUCGUUCACAAAGUACACUCCAAAGGCGAAGACAUGUUUGAUAGCUUUGGCUCAUGGAUUGAACGAUUCUUCGACUUCUUGCGUGACGGAAUGAAGAGCAAGAUAAGUUUAGAAAUGCUCCUUCCACACUCAGAGGCGGAACGUAAAGAGAUAUUCAAGGAAGUUGACGAGCUAGCGAUUUAUCAUUAUAAGAAGAAGGUGAUGCAUGAGGAACGUAUGCGUGAAAAGUAUAUUGAGUCGCAAGAGGACUACGAUGGGAAGGGAGAAUCAAGCGAAUGGGUCGCUGGAUUGGUGGGGUCCCUGGGCGUCGAUGAAGUCCUCACAACCGAGGUUACGGCUGCUGGGGAAAAUGAAAGCGAGGAUGGAGAAGAAGAGGAAGAAAACAUAAAUUAUCCGGAAACGGGUAAAAUAACAGAACUACUGCCCAUUUUUGUGGAAAUUGUAAGGAAUUCAUUUUAA